GUGGUGGUGUUGAUCAUUUCCUGUGCCUCUGCUGCUGCUUACAAUUUUGACUCUUUUUGUUAAGACUGUUGUCCUCAGAAAAAUGGAUUUUUUGAUGACAGAGCCAGCUUACAAACUUCUUAUCUUUUUAUGCAUGAUACAAGGAACAUAUGGAGUGCUUAUACAGUAUAACGCGUCUGCAGCUGCUGUGGAGGGACAGAAUGUCAGCCUCCAGUGCAUUAUGGGAGAGGUGAAUGACAUCAAAAUCAUCCAGCUGGAAUGGAUUAAAGAACAAAAAGGAAAUCAGAAGAAUGAUCAGAACAUUGUUGUGUUCCAUCCUGGGUUCCCGACAUAUUAUUUUCAGUCCGGUCCUUUUCUGGAGACAGUGACCAGUCCAAAAACUGGGAAGCUGCAGGGCUCAAUCCUGACCCUGUAUAAAGUUACAAUGAAUGACAGUGGAAACUAUAUUUGCGAAAUUAUUUCAUAUCCUAAUGGAUCGAUCAGAAGAACCACAAAGCUGCAAGUUACAAAGCCUCCACCAUCAGUGAAGAUGUCAUAUCCACAUGGAUUCAUAAAAGAGGGGGGCGACGUGAAGAUAACUUGUUCAGCUAGCCCUCCACCACUCCGUUAUGAACUUGGACGUUCAAAGGACAAGAUAUUUUGGCUGGAGAGCUCAAACGGAGAGUUCAUUUUACCACACGUCACCAGAAACGACAGUGAUGUUUACAUCUGUUUACCUGAAUGGGACCGAAAUCAGCAAGGUUUCAAUGCCACAAUGGAACUGACUGUGAAUUUUCUUGAUGGCAUUAAGUGUAACACAAGCAGCACUUUAAACAUCAGCGUUGGUGAGGACGUGGCGAUUUCUUGUAUCGCAAAAGCAUCACAGCACUUGGAGUAUAAGUGGAUGAGGGGUGACACAACACUGUCUCUAUCAGACACUUUGUCUCUGACCUCGGUAACAUCUGACCACUCAGGAACAUACAAACUGACAGCUGUCCUUCUAGACAAUCAACUCCAGACAGACGUGGAGUUUUCUAUCCAUGUUCUCUUAAAGCAAAGCAAAGCCUCAAGUUCAGCAGUUCAUAUCACUGUCCCGUUUGUGUUGCUGUUGCUCGUGUUGAUUGUGCUGCCAUAGGCUACAGAAGACGCCAGGACCAAAAAAAAAAAUGGAUAUGCCACCUCCAUUCAAACCUCCCCCACCACCAGUGAAACAGGCCUACAGAUCAGUGAGGAACCAUAAUGUCCCUAUGACUGAUAUUCGAGUGUGACUGUAUCGCAAACCAUGAUCCACAAAUACAGUAUGCUGACAGGAAGAUUAUUCCCUAAAGACCUCAGCCAAACACGAAAAGUGUUUCAUCGAUUACUCAUCAUCCUCAUGAAGUUUCGUUCCUUGUCUAAAACGGAAAUGAAGAUAUUUUUAAUGAAACCUGAGAGAUUUCUGCCCUUCCAUUGAAAGUCCACGCAAACAAUACUUUGAUGCGUCAAAGAGUUCUUAAACACGCUGUAUAAUUUCGGUUUGUUCUGGUUCUGGUAACAGACAUUAAAUAUAUUAUUGAACAUCUUGAGUUUUACUUAGCACACAAACUACUCCUACAUCAUAAUUAUGUAAAAAAAAAAAUCCCUGAAAUGUGUGAAUUUACAAAAACAAAAGUGUGUGAGGGUGGGAGGAAGUGGGGUUAAAAACCAGGUAAAUUCCCGAAAUAUGAAAUUUUACUAGGCCUUAGGUAAUUUAAGAGUUUUAUAAUAAUAAUUAUUUUCAAUGGACAAGACAGGUAUUGCAAUGCCAGCUUUUUAAUGCCAUCAUAAUACAACUGCUGGGCUAGCUUUGAAAUGCUAACGCUGACCUCCUGUUGUGGCUUGAUGUUCCGUUAACAAAGCGAAGGCUAUCAGCUGAUUGUUUCAGGCCCCAUAAAACCUCAGUUUACACCUCAGAUAGUCGAGACAAACCAACUGCUAAAACCACAUCAGACAGUGACCAGCAGAGACAGUAUGUAUCCUUAACCUUUUAAGGUGUAACCUGGAAAUACAAAUGCAAGAUCUGGUCACCAUUUAUUAUAACUUGCAAUAACAGCACAGCUGGUGGUUGUUUAUAUGAUGCUUAAAUGAACUUAGGUUUCCUGGUUCUGUUCAUCCUGCUUAGUCAACAUUCAGCAUUUUAAAACGCAGUUUACUCCUAUAGGAGAAGCCUUUCUAAUUAAUGAACAGCGACAUACACCUGAUAGAAAGUGUAAGUGUGAUAAGACAGAGAGAAAACAAGAGAAAGAGAGAGAGAGAUGCUUUUUGUACAGAGUUUUGUGCAUUGUGGUUCUUUGCUACAACAGCGACACGUUUAUGCAGAGGGACGUUUCCUGCUCUCGCUAUUGUGGUCGGAAAUGGAAAAUUCAGAAAAAAGGAUUGAUUGUUUCAGUGUUUAAAUCAUCUGUAUCCUGCACUGUACAAUCAGGCCUCCAAUGUACUAUUGUAAAUCAUGUAUACAGGUUAUUUACCAAUAAUGUAUGAGAACAACAAUCAAUUGUGCACUAUUUUCAUUUAUCUUUGACUCACACAAUAAAGUACAGUGCGUCAAAGUUCAGUUAUACAGAAAAGAGAAACUAGAAAAUUAAGAUUUGGGUGUUGUAUUACCUGAAUACCUUAUAUUAUGACUAUUAUAAUAAAUUGUGAUUAUA